ACUGGACUUGGCGUGGCCAAUGAGAGGAAAGACCGGGUUCCCCCUAGUUUAUUAACCCCUCCAUCUUCCCCACCACCAAGAAUAUGGAGUAAGGUGGAGGAAUAUAAUAAGUGAACCAAGACCUGGAAGACAAAAGUUCAAAUGCCUGCAGGACCAUAAAGUUCACAUUGGGCCAGGCAUCGUCUUCCAACCUAACCUACCUCACAGGGUCAUUGUGAAGAUGAAAUGAGGAACCAUGACUGCCAUUUUUCUUUUUUCCUCCUUUGAGGAUUCGUGGGGUGGGAUAUAAACGUGAUGGUGAAGAAAAGAUCCAGCCUGUCCACGCCCAAUUCUGAGUUGGGGUCAUCUUAGAGACUAUGGACAUACUUUUUAGAAUAAGAGGUGGCCUUGAUCUGGCAUUUCAACUUGCCACUACUGAUGAUUCGUCAACAAAAGAGGGACUGAAGUAUGUUUUCAGUGAUCUUUCAGCCAAACUGGCUUCAGAUGUGCUGGUAUUCAGAAUCUGUCACAGCUCGGUGUAUCUGUGGCCAAAUAGUGGUAAAAAUUCAGUUGCAACAGAGCUUACAGAUGAUUCUGCAUGUAAGGAGAUACUACGAUUUAUUCAAUUUGAGCAGGAAGAUGAUAACAAACGCAGGUUUUCAAAAAAGAAAGAUAAAAAGUUACAAGAACUGCAACCUAUAGUAAAUAUAGAUCUUAUGCUGGAAAUGACAACUUCGUUAGAUCCUCUUUCUCCAAUCAUUGAAAAGGAGAGCAGGGGGCAUCACUACAUAAGCAUGACCUUGCCAGUUGAUGCUGUUGUCUCCGUGUCUCCAGAAGAAGUGUGGCGGAAUGUACGAAGUCUCCUGGUGAAUGCGAUUCAUACACAGCUAACUGAUAUGGAAAAGUGCAUUUUGAAAUAUAUGAGAGGAACAACUGUUGUGGUACCUGAACAAUUUCAUUUCAUGCUACCAGGAAAAAAACACCUUGUAACAAUCUCAUAUCCUACAGGCGUUUCUGAUCAGCAAUUGGAGACUUACAGACAGGAAUUACAUAGACGGUUUAAUCUACCAUUUGACAGACCUUAUUUCCGAAGGGCUAAUGCCUAUCAUUUUCCAGAUGAACCAUUCAAAGAUGGAUAUCUCAGGAACCCACAUGUACAUCUCAACCCACCUGGUAUAGAGUCUGGGAUGGUGUAUGUGGUAUAUGGCACAUAUAGUUAUCAUCAUUACAUGCAGGAUCGUAUUGAUGAUAAUGGCUGGGGCUGUGCCUAUCGGUCUCUUCAGACUAUAUGCUCAUGGUUCAGGCAUCAGGGAUACAUGGACCGAUCAAUACCAACACACAAGGAAAUCCAACAGGCUCUAGUUGAUGUUGGAGACAAGCAACCAGGAUUUGUUGGAUCACGCCAAUGGAUUGGUUCUAUCGAAGUGCAGCUUGUACUGAACCAACUCCUAGGGAUAACUUCAAAAAUACUCUUCGUCAGCCAAGGGUCUGAGCUGGCUUCUCAGGGAAGAGAACUUGCUAAUCAUUUCAAGACUGAGGGAACACCAGUGAUGAUUGGUGGUGGAGUCUUGGCUCACACAAUAUUAGGAGUAGCAUGGAAUGAGAUCACAGGGCACAUAAGAUUUCUGAUCCUGGACCCACAUUAUACCGGAGCAGAGGAUCUGCAUAUUAUAUUAGAAAAGGGCUGGUGUGGAUGGAAGGGUCCAGAUUUCUGGAACAAAGAUGCUUAUUAUAACCUGUGUCUUCCUCAACGACCAAAAACUAUUUAAAUGGCUAUUUAGAUGAUCAUGGUGAACUACCAGAAGUUCUGUAAAUACAUAUAGGUACACAAACACACUUAAGCAGUGAUUAUUUAUUUUUCCUUAACAUAGUAUUAUGUUGCUCACCACCAGUUAAAAUAAAAAUGCUAAUCCAAUAUAUUAGAGUCCAAAUAAUGAAGGGGGGGUUCAAAUAAAACCUGAUUAUCAAACAUUGUUAUUUCCUAAUAGCUGGCUUUUCUGCAUUUAUAAUCUGAUCCUAACAGUGCAAUCCUAUACAUACCUGUUCAGACACUGCUCAACAAAAUCAUGUACAUUUUAAUCCUCUGUUUGAACACUGGUUAAAGGUAUUUGUAAAGUGGAUCUUGGGACCUCAAAACAAUGCUAAUUUUUAAUAUACCAUCUUUGUUCCUCUGCACUCCUUGAGUGUGUUUGUGUGUAUAUAUGUGGAGCAUUUGUUGUGGAAGGAACAAAAUACCAAUCACAAAAUCAGUGCUAGAUGUCACAUAGUUACUUGGGGCAUAGAUGGUAGAGAGAGAGGGCACAAUUUAUACAUAUAUAUAUUUUAUUGUGUGAAUACAGGAAUUAAUAUUUUUUAAAAUCUUCUUCAAGAAGCAACCCAUUCUCCUUCUUAGAAGGCACUGUUCAAAAUAUUUGGUUUUGAGAUGCAGACUUAUUUCUUUGUAAAGUUCUUAGUGUUCACACGUCUUCUUGCAGUAAUUGGCUUUCACGUGACAUCGAAGACUUCAUCUUUAUUCUAUUUAAAUGCAAAGAGAAGAUUUGUAUUUCAUAUAUAAAUCGUGCAUCUGAAUUAAACAUUUGCUAACCUAUACAUAGCACUCAGUUUCAGCUUGGCAUAUCUCAGUCUUAGAAAUCAGUUUUGUGGGAGGUAGUUGCUUAUUCCCACUCCCUUUGGCAGCUUAGAUGCUCUCCCCCCACCCCUUGCAUACAGAUUGACCAUGGCAGGGUUGUUACAGCUUUCUUUUUUGUUUAGAACAUUUUGUGUCAGUUUUCCAGCUUAUAUAAGCAGUCAACAUAAUGACCUUAGAGAAUUUUUAAAUAAAAAAA